AAGUCUGGUUAAGUGGAAGAGUAACAGAGAGAGGUGAAUUUUGGUUUGGAUGUCUUGCUCUUAUUGGUCUUAUUUUUAUUCUCCCUUCUUCAGGGAAGAUAUCAAAUUGCGGAACAUCCGGAGUAUUAAAGUGGGAAAAGUACUUUGGGUAUAUGCAACAGAGAAAGCUGAUAGUUAGAUUUAGAUGGACACUCCAGUGACUGUUCAAACGUGAGAUAGUCAUAUAGUCAUCUAGGUGUGGGUAUAUAAGUAUCAUCGCCUGUAUAAGUACCACAUAUAUAAGUACUAUCUAUGUAAUGGUAAAUGAUAUGAAUUAGAAGUAGUAAAUUUGAGCACUCUAUGACUAUAAAGCUAAAUACAAAACUAUGAGCUCAAUUGAGUUUUGGUUGGUUUGGUCUUGGUCGUCGUACUGGUGAAUGUGUUGAUGGUGCUGUUGUUACAACUCGUGUGCUCAUGAUUUUAUUGAGAUUCAGGUUCAGAUUUAACGGUGUGGUGUUAUGAUAGACUAGCAAAAGCGAUAGUGAUGGUGACGACAAACUACUCAAUAUACUGUCGUGAUAAGCGGGCGCAAUUGAAUAUUAAUUAUCAUUAAUAUUUAAAAAGACUCGCUUUAAAUUAAUAAAAUUGUUUAAUAGUUUUACUGAUGUGUGAUGGGAAGGGAUGAUGGACGGGUCAGUACAACGACAAGAAGACAUUAUUACAUUGAGGACUGAAUUUAGUGUCUCAAAGAGAGUUAAAGAAAAUAAUACUGCAAGAAUAAGUAAAAUACUAACAACCGGUGGAACUGUUGGACUCGGGCCCAGAUAUUUAACGUAAACGGAGCCUGGACAUAAUGCCGGGAUGCGACGUGAAGGCAAGAUAUCUGCCAGCCACCUUCGCGUGGAUCCUUUUACUCAGCACCACAACCCUCUUUUUUUAUUAUCCAUGCCAAUACUAUCUCUUCAAAUACCCAUGGGUACCAGCUCUCCAAGGAGUGAUUGCCUUUUUUGUACUGGCCAACUUUACCCUUGCAACUUUUAUGGACCCAGGUGUCAUUCCAAAAGCACCUCCAGAUGAAGAUAAAGAGGAUGAGUUCAGGGCGCCGUUAUUCAAAAACGUUGAGAUCAAUGGGAUUACUAUACGUAUGAAGUGGUGUGUCACUUGUAAAUUUUACAGACCACCUAGAUGUUCACACUGUAGUGUCUGUGAUCAUUGUAUUGAGACAUUCGAUCAUCAUUGCCCAUGGCUGAAUAAUUGUAUUGGAAGAAGAAAUUACAGAUUUUUUUUCUGUUUUUUAUUAUCACUUAGUUGCCAUAUGCUCAGUAUAUUUGGGCUCUGUUUAUAUUUUGUUUUGGAGCAUAAACAAAAACUUGGAGAGGUCGAUACGACAAUUGCUAUGGUGCUGAUGGGCGUGGUGACAUUAUUAUUUAUUCCAAUUAUUGGGCUAACAGGGUUUCACGUAAUACUUGUGUCAAGAGGACGUACAACAAACGAACAAGUUACUGGCAAAUUUCAAAAUGGUUAUAAUCCAUUCUCACGUGGAUGUUUUCAUAAUUGUUGUUAUACACAAUUUGGACCACAAUUUCCUAGUUUAAAGAAGCCUGAAAAAUAUUUAGAAAAACGUCGUGGUGCCUCUGCGUCUGAGAUAUCUACGAUAGGAAGCGAGAACCAGGUAAAAACCUACAUGGAUAGCAGCAAUGGUGUUAGAAAUGCCAGUUCAAAUGCUUACAACAAGUUAUCUCCUGGUCGAGACGGAUCUGACACGGAUAUGGAGCCAACGGCUUCACAGUCUGCAGAUUGUGAGCCAACGCCUCCGUUACAAAGACACGGAUCGAAAAGUAAUUUUUUCCUGCCACCUGUGGAGACAAACGAUUCGCCUAGACAUCCACCUCCACAGCACCGCCAUCCAAUGCACUAUCCACGCGGAAGUCCUCACCCACGAUCUAGGGGAAUGAAUGGUUCGCGUAGUCAUACGCCGGACGCAUUGUCGCCGGAAGGAGCGGGAUCACCAGCCGCUGGUCCGCAAAGAGGUCAGGGUCAAGGUGGCGCAAGCCCAACUAUGCAACAACGCAUCAGAGCUAUCGGUGUGCCCACACCUCUUGCCAUUUCCAGUCCAAUUCGCAGAUCGAAUCCAGGUACACCGACGCAAAUACGUCGGCCAGACUUUAUCGGUGUCACCGAAGCACCGACAUACUACGACGUCCAGCAUCAUAACAAUACGGGUGGUAACGUUCCGGGAUAUAGUCCACAACGUCGUUUUCUGUCUGAAAGUGAGCUGAUACGACAAAACAAUGAUCAUCCUUACUCACGUACCAACAAUACCGUGGAUAAUAUACGUGAACUGGCUGGUUCACCGCAACGGGGUGUCUAUAUGUGGAAAGACAAUUCACCAAGUGGUUACCCAGGUCCACCAGGUAUGGGAGGCGUUAAUAUGCCAGGCAAUAAUAUCGGAAUACCUGUGCAUCCGUCGGCGUUAUCACAACGACCUCCACCGCCUUACGAUUAUUACUGUUCGAAUCCGACAAGUCCGACACAGCAGCCAUACUCAACAGCUCCACGUGCGGCUUAUCAUCCUGCCUCGCGAGGUGGUGUACCUGUAUUUCCUCCCACCCAUCAGUCGCCUCAGGUCAAGCGUAAAAAUCCACCGACCAUGGCAACACCAACGACUCCAACGUCCAACGACGCGCGACGACGACCCAUGUCAUUUGUACGUGCUUUAGAGAUGAAUGACUCGAUGGAGAUGGUCUCAAUACCCAAUGAUACGAGAUCCUCACAAAGACCGACAACACCAACCCCCGAUCGCACUAGUGUUUAUGAUAUGAACUAUGAAAUAUCUGUAUAGCCACGCUUGAUGGUCUCCGUGCCUAAUGGUUGGACGGGGAUUGCGGAUAAACCGGCUGCUUAUAUUGCUAGAACUUAUGAUACUGGUCAUGAAGUGUCUGUUUAAUAACAGCUAAUAAUAAUUUUAUGAAAUUAUUAUUUUUAUUUAUCAAGUUUCAUAGAAUCUAAGUCUUAAAUUAAAACUGAGGUGCAAAGUGACUGCCAAGCGAGUGUUUUUAAAAAUAACUUUGUGAUGUCUGUUAUACGAAAUCUUCCUUGAAAGAUACCGUUUAUUAAUUAAGAAUUAACGGAUCGUUUGUCUCCAAACUCUUUAAUUUAUAUGUUAUAUAUACAUUUGCAUCACAUAUUAAUAAUAAUUAUAAAUAAAUGUGAGUUAACUGCUACUCCAGCUAAUGUCUCUUCCGGAUAAUGAGGGGUUUUUUUCUUUUCUAAACAAGUACUGAGAAUUUGUAUAAUACUUUAUCUAUACUACGAAAGAACAAUUAAAUAUCAGCUGAUAUGAUAUUGUUUUGCGUUUAAACUGCAUUGAUAGUCACAGAAAAAUAUUAAUACUCAAUGAUGUAGAACAAGGACUUUAUUAUUUUAUAAUAAUAAGUUAGUGGACCUUUGUAAUAAAUUUAAUCAAAAUUAAUUAUGGGGAUCAAUAGAGUAGCUAUUUUGUUAUUAUGUUAACAUUUAUUUCAAGUCAUUAAAUGUUAAUUAAUAUUGUUAAUAAGGUAGUUAUUUAAUAAUUACUAUACAUCAUCGAGUAUUUAUUUUUUUGUUAUUUAUCACGUGGCAGGAAAUCACUCGUUUUUUAUUAGUACACAUUAAGGUCAGUUAGAUUUUUAUACAGUGUCACAGUGACUUAAUUCAACACGCGGCUUACAUCGAUCAACUAUUAUUUUUUUUGUUGACAAUUUUUUUUUUUUUUUUAUUUUGAUAUUGUUUACUAUUAAUAAUAUUUUUUUUUAUAUGUCUGAAGAGAUGUAGGACACGUGGGUGAACUGUAAUUAAUGGAGCAAUUAUAAGAAAACGAAUUAAAUCAAUACACAUAUUUGUGUACGAAAAUAAGUAAACAAUUAAAAUGAAAAAAAAAAAAAUGUCGUGUCCAAUUAAAACGUGUUACUUAAUUGAUUUAAGUUAUUAUCUAAAUAGAGUAACAAAUUCUGUGUAAAAUAAUCGUAUGAAAAUGUGUAGCAAACAAAUUUAUAAUUACGUAUUUAUCAAUUUAGUAUUUGCAGUAACAAAAGAUGAUGAUAAUACUAUCGACAUCAUAAAAAUAUAUUUACAAUAAAUUUUACUUGUUGUCUUUUGUUAAAUAUUUGUUAAUUUAAAAUUCGAAUUAAUGUUGUAUACUAACACACUAGACAAUUGUAUUAAAAUCAAACAUCAGAAUAGAUAAAAAUUUAUUUUUUAUCUUUCGGUUGAUGAAAAUUAUUAUUGAAAUAAUGCUGAAAGGUAUGUGCAUGGUCGUAUGUGUGUUGAGUAGAAAAAGAAUGUGUACAUGAAGCUUGUUUAUGUGAAAGUAAAA